CAGCGGAAGAGAUGCUGCUUGUGGAACAGGAAGGACACAACAGGUACUCUGGUGUGCUUGAGACGUCGGCAGGACAGUUCUGGCUCACCCUGACAUGGCUUCCAACAAAGACAGAGCUGUAUCCAGAGUGGCGGCUGGAGGAGCUGCUGCGUGAUGCACAACGAGAAGUGGCGCGCAUUUUGAAGUCGAGCAGUGAGCCCGAACAAGUGUUUGCGCAGCUGGAAACACUCACAGAGCGCAUCGUGAGUUCGCGGGCGCUGAAUGAAGGGCCGUCCUCAGCCACGGUGCAGCAGUUGCUGACGGAGCUGCAGGCCAUCGGGCCACAGCAUAUUACAGCCAUAUCCGACUCGUUCCACGAGGUCAAGCUUGAGGUGAUCGACAAGGCGGGCCGCCGCCACAUGUGUACGGUGCAUCUGUCCACGGGGUAUCCACAGCGCCCACCCAAGUGCACUACAGCCCUGCCCGUCCCAUUCACACCAACGUGUAAUGGUAACUGCCGGCUCUAA